AUGGCGGACCCGCCUGUUCCCGAGGACCAAAAGGUCGACAAGGUGUAUGCCACAAUCUUCAACCCAGUGUUUGCGCAAAAGGCCGAAAACCUGCGGCCAGCCCUUCACACAUGGGACGUCAAGCCCGAAGAGGUCAUCACCUUCGGACCAGAUGAGGCAGCCUAUUUCAAGGUACGACCAAUUCACCGAAUGUCGAUUGAGGAGCUCGCCAACAGGGCCUGGGGUAAGGGUGAGGAAUUCAUACUCGACUUUGGCUCCCACAAUGUCGGCUACGUCUCGUUUCACCUCGGCGCCGAAGGGCUUAAUAUUGACGCCCCGGCACGGCUGAGACUCACAUUUGGCGAGAUACCAUAUGACGUUACAGAGGAGCUUCACCCAUGCCGGUCAUGGAUCAGCACCAGCUGGCUCCCCGACGAGGUCAUCAAUGUCGAUUGGGUGCCGACAAAUGUGGCGAUACCGCGGCGCCAUGCCUUCCGCUACCUGCGUGUGCAAAUAUCCGACACCUCGCCCAAGUACAAGAUCAAGUUCAGCGGGAUCGUGACACGAUCAGAAAGCGCUGUGCCGUCGGGCCAUCCCGUAGAGCCGUGCUUCGUCCCCGAGACCAACGAUGACGAUGCUAAGCUCCUGAGACGCAUCGACGCGGUGAGCCAGAACACGCUGCGCAGCUGCAUGCAGACAGUCUUUGAAGACGGGCCCCGGCGAGACAGACGGCUUUGGAGCGGUGAUCUUCGGUUGCAGGCGCUCACAAACUACUGCACGUUUGGGGACGGCGACCUCGUCAAGCGGUGCCUUUACCUGUUCGCGGCAGUGCCCCGUGAGGAUGGGUCGCUGCCAGCGUGUGUAUUCGAGAAACCGACGCUUUCGGCUGCUACAGACUACAUUAUCGAUUACGACGUGCUCUUUGGGUCAAUUGUUGAUGAUUAUUGCGAGGCAACGGGAGAUCUCGACACGGGACGCGAGCUGUGGCAGACGGUUCUCGGCAGCACAAAGGCGGCACUGGCACAUAUCACGGAAGAGGGUAUCUUCUCGUGCGGUGCUUCGAGCGGGUGGAAGUUCCUCGACUGGGCUAAGGAGCUCGACCGCGAUGCUGGCAUGCAUGGUCUCGUCAUCUUCGCGCUGAAAGCGGUCAACCGUCUCGCGGGUCGACUGGACGAGGCGGCGCCAUACGAAAAUACAGUGGCUCGUCUCGUGGCCGCUGCCGAGGGCGGGUUUUACGACAAAGAUAGGAGAGUGUUCGUCAGCGGGCCGCAGGCGCAGGUAUCCUGGGCAUCGCAGGCUUGGAUGGCACUUGCUGGGGUCAUGGACCCAGCGACGUGCAAGGCAGCGAUUUUGAAAGCCAUGGCAGACGCGACAGCAGUCAGGCCGAUAACGCCGUACCUGUACCACCACGUCGCCGAGGCGCUGAGCGUGGUGGGUGGCGAAGAGGAAUGUCUUGAGCUAAUUCGCGAGUACUGGGGUGUCAUUCCCGGCGACAUUGCCGAUCAGCACGCAUCCAAUACCCAACGCAGCCGCGCGAGGAUCCUCAAUGAACACAAGCGUCGUGUCGGCAGCAAUGAGGAUCAGGGAUCGACCCGUUCGCUGAGAGAAAUGAACGAAAGUCACGAGGCCUCGGGUCCACUGAGGGAGAUCAUAAACCAGCAGGACAGUCUCUAUAAGUACAUUAACUGGGAGGACCCCCUGAGGACUCUGGGCGCAUACUUUACUGCCCUUACUGCUCUGAUCGUCACACACUAUUAUCCAUGGACGCAGCUUGCUCUAAAGUAUGGCGCCAUCAGUCUUGGAGUGGUGUCCGUCACCGAGUUUGCAAACAGGCAGUUCACGUCCCAGACCCUUCUCUCGAGGUUGCGACCCACCGAAUAUCGCACCAUACCCGAAUCGACGCUCAACGCGACUCUGAAGGAUGUUCAUGAUUUCGUCCAGUAUGCCAUUGUCAAGCUCCAGAAGGUCGCUCUAGGCCAGGAACUCGACCGAACGUUUGCCGCCUUCCUUGUCAUCACCAGCAUCUACUUCCUGAGCGGCAUUCUGUCGCCUUUUGGCUUCAUCAUCUUGGGCCUGACCUCUCUGUUCGUCGCUCCGCUCGUUACGUCCGCACGAGGCCGCGAGGUGGCUCGCGAUGCCAGGGUUCAAGCCGAGAAACUCGGAACUGCUGCCGCCGAUAAUUCCAACGCGCUCGCGAGCGGCGGCAAGGCCAAGUUGGCAGAGGGUUCUGCCAGGGUACGUGAGUCAGCUGCCGGCGUGCAGCAGCGCGUGGGAGGUGUUACGCAGGCAACCAGUCAGACGGCUGCGGAUCUGACAGGUCAGGUCCGCGAGACGGUGUCACACACGGCCGAGGAUGUGAGAAAGCUGCCAGAGAUGGGAUCCAAUGCGCUGAGCUCGACAUUGGCAGGUGAUGAUGUGGCAGAGAAUGGCUCGGAACACUACACACACGAGGCUUCGCCUCUAGGCGACAGGCGUCCCGCCCCAGACAUCGACUUCACCACGAGGUACCCUGAAGUGGGGCAGGGCGAGGACGAGAGGUUCGGUUCAGUUCCUGGAACGGUUUCCAAGGUCCAGGUCUCGGAGGAGACGGCAUGA